AUGCUGUCCACCAUGCGGCGCCGAAAUUCGAGGCCGAGGGAGGGGGACACGCAACAUGGAGCACCUCAACGUGAAGAUCAAGCUCGCGGUCCCCCUCCCCGGCGUGGUGAAGAACGUCUGGAAGUUGGUGCAGCCGAUAGAAGGUUGGAUGCGCUGAUAGAGGAGGAAAGGGGUCGAGCUGUUUCCCUUCCAGCUGGGCCAGGUGUGAAGCGGUUGGAAGUGGCAGGAGGGAGAGCUCAGUCGAGCCAACUGAUGGGGCAGCUGCAGGGUCCAGUGAUGGGACCACAGCCAGUGCCAGAUGCGCUGAGUGACCCCAGGGCAGAGGCGAUGGGAUUGGGAGCUCUUCAAGAUGCGGUUCGGCAUUCUUUUGGACUAUUGCAACAAGCACUUGGACGUCCAGUUCCUCAGCAAGGUCUACUUGGUCCUCUUCUUGGGGGAAGCGAUUCUGGAGCCAGACAAGGAGUCGUUCCUAACACCGGAGGGGGUCCAUUGCUUUUUGCAUCGCCUGGCGCUGUGCAGGGUUCUCGUGGUGCAGAAGGGGAACGUUCAGGACAUCUUGAUGGCCGUGUUGCAAGUGGUUCAGGACGGAAUGAUGGUUUGAAGACGCCUGGAAGUGGGCAGCCUGACAGGCACGGAGUGGAGCCUCGGGUUCUUGAUCCCUAUGGAACUCCAGCUCAAGGGGCCAGUCAGGGAGUGAAUCCUUUUUGGAGUGAUGGGGUGCAGCGUGCAGUUCACAGCCAAGGUGAUCACGGUGCAGCCAGCGGCAACAAUGGUGUGCAGAGCUUCGAUGCAGAGGUCGAGAAGCUCAAAGCGAAGUGCUUGCGUGAAGCCGAAGAAGCUUUUGCAAGGGAGGUCAAGAAGCUUGGAGUGGCCGAGAAGACCGAGGCGGAGUCCUAUCACACUGCUUCCAGUUCACAGGGCAUGCAGAAGGUGCCAAAUGGAAGUGGAGGUGCUCCUGCAGAUGGUCGAGCUCGAG